AUGGGUAACCCAUAUUUAUCAACGAGUCCUCGAGAUUUAUGGUCCAACCAAUGGCAUCAAAUAUAUAAUGAAGUUUUUCAAGAAUUUGGCUAUCUUCCUGUCAAAAACUAUUUUAAACACAGCAAAGCCCUUGGGUGCGCGCUUGGAAUAUGUGCUGCUUUUUUGAUAAGUGGAUUAUUUCAUGAUUAUAUAGCAAUAGUGUCUUUUAAUCAUUUUUCGAUAGAUUAUACAAUUUUUUUCUUAUUUCAUGGAAUACUUUUGGUUUUGUGGGAAGCUGUUGAAGGUGAUAUUUUAGGAAGAGGAAAGGACUUUAAAGAUAGUCUUGGAAUCAAAGUUUUUAAAAUGUCUUUGUUUUUACCAAUUGCUGCCUUUAUUUUGCCAUUGUUUGUGGAACCUUAUAUUAAGGGAAUAUAUAUUGAGUCACAUCUGAAUAUAUAUACGAAUUUAACAAAAUGGUCUAAUGGGACAGCAAUAUAA